AGCAAAGGGGACUUAGACAGACAUUCUGUUCUGUUUCAGCUGGACUGUAUCGCAGUGACUAUCGGGAUCAGAAGAGACUUUCUACGUUCUGAGGCUGAAACCUCAACUUUUAUCUGGGGGACAAACAAUGCAAGAGAAUGCCUGCAGCGGAGAAAGUCAAUUGGAGAGCGUCUCAGAAUGUUCCCCAGACUCCCCAGACUCAUGUCCACUGUCCUGCAUGGAGCCCUUUGCAGUCCGCAGGCUUUCCUGCCGAACCGUCCAGCUGCCCCCUUUGGCCUUCAGGCAGGCUGAGCAGUACUACUGUGAGAGAAAACCAGAGACUGAGACGGCCCAGCCUCGACCCACCAGCCUCCCCUUGAGAGCACCUCCACUCAUUGCCAUCACCUCCGCAGAUACAAGCAGAUUACUGGUUACAGAUAACAGACCUGCAUCACCCUGCCAUCAGUCUGGUGUUGCUAUGUGCUUUGUAGAAGUGUUGCACUGA